CGGACCGCUUCCGCCGAGGGGCGAGACGGAGAAAAGAUGCUUCCGGUACGGCAGUUUCAGCACUGGGACCCCGGCUCCUGACCCGGGAAGCGGGGCUGGGCUGCACCCCUGGUGGAGUCUGUCGGGCUCCGGGCAGCCCUACGCCUUCAGACCAGCCGGCCGGGGGAUGCAUCCGGCGGGGCAGACCCACUGACCUGGUGUCGUGGACGGCUGGGUCCUGACUGCCCGCGCAGCCAUGGAGAAGAUGUCCCGCGUGUCCACGGCCCUGGGCAACAGCACCCUGACGGGCCGCACCAUGCACUGCCACCUGGACGCGCCGGCCAACGCCAUCAGCGUGUGCCGCGACGCAGCCCAGGUGGUGGUGGCCGGCCGCAGCAUCUUCAAGAUUUACGCCAUCGAAGAGGGGCAGUUCGUGGAGAAGCUGAACCUGCGCGUGGGCCGCAAGCCCUCCCUCAACCUCAGCUGCGCCGACGUCGUCUGGCACCAGAUAGACGAGAACCUGCUGGCCACAGCAGCCACCAAUGGCGUGGUGGUGACCUGGAACCUAGGCCGGCCGUCCCGCAACAAGCAGGACCAGCUGUUCACAGAGCACAAGCGCACAGUAAACAAGGUCUGCUUUCAUCCCACCGAGGCCCAUGUGCUGCUCAGUGGCUCCCAGGACGGCUUCAUGAAGUGUUUUGACCUCCGCAGGAAAGACUCAGUCAGCACUUUCUCAGGCCAGUCUGAGAGUGUGCGAGACGUGCAGUUCAGCAUCCGGGACUACUUCACUUUCGCAUCCACCUUUGAGAAUGGCAACGUGCAGCUCUGGGACAUCCGGCGGCCUGACCGCUGUGAGCGGAUGUUCACAGCCCACAAUGGGCCCGUCUUCUGCUGUGACUGGCACCCAGAGGACAGGGGCUGGCUGGCCACUGGUGGUCGUGAUAAGAUGGUGAAGGUCUGGGACAUGACCACGCACCGAGCCAAGGAAGUGCACUGUGUGCAGACCAUCGCUUCAGUAGCACGUGUCAAAUGGCGGCCUGAGUGCCGCCACCAUCUGGCCACGUGCUCCAUGAUGGUGGACCACAACAUCUACGUGUGGGACGUGCGUCGACCCUUCGUGCCUGCCGCCAUGUUCGAGGAGCACCGGGACGUCACCACAGGCAUCGCCUGGCGCCACCCCCAUGACCCCUCCUUCCUGCUCUCGGGCUCCAAGGACAGCACGCUGUGUCAGCACCUGUUCCGAGAUGCCAGCCAGCCAGUAGAACGUGCCAACCCUGAGGGCCUAUGCUACGGCCUCUUUGGGGACCUGGCCUUCGCUGCCAAGGAAAGCCUCGUGGCCACUGAGUCGGGACGCAAACCUUAUGCCGGGGACAGGCGCCAUCCCAUCUUCUUCAAGCGCAAGCCAGACCCUGCUGAGCCCUUUUCGGGCCUGGCCUCCAGUGCCCUCAGCGUCUUCGAGAUGGAGCCAGGCAGCAGCAGCAUGAGCUGGUUCGUGGAUACGGCCGAGCGGUAUAUCCUGGCCGGCCGGCCACUGGCCGAGCUCUGUGACCACAAUGCUAAAGUGGCUCGGGAGCUGGGGCGCAACCAGGUGGCACAGACAUGGACCAUGCUGCAGAUCAUCUACUGUAGCCCUGGCCUGAUGCCCACCACCAACCUCAACCACAGUGUGGGCAAGGGAAGCUCCUGCGGCUUGCCACUCAUGAACAGCUUCAACCUAAAGGACAUGGCCUCUGGCCUAGGCAGUGAGACACGGCUGGACCGCAGCAAGGGCGAUGCCCGGAGCGACACGGUUCUGUUGGACUCCUCAGCCACACUCAUCACUAAUGAGGACAAUGAAGAGACAGAGGGUAGCGACGUGCCGGCUGACUACUUGCUGGGUGACGUAGAGGGCGAGGAGGAGGAGCUGUACCUGCUGGACCCUGAGCACACACACCCCGAGGAGCCCGAGUAUGUGCUGCCCCAGGAGGCCUUCCCGUUGCGUCAUGAGAUCGUGGACACACCACCGGGCCCCGAGCAUCUGCAGGACAAGGCGGACUCGCCCCACGUGAGUGGCAGUGAGGCAGACGCAGGCUCCCUGGCUCCUGUGGACUCCUCCUUCUCACUGCUGUCAGUGUCCCACGUGCCACAUGACAGCCGGCUGCCGCCAGACUUCUUCAGCAGCCUGGUGUGUGACAUGCUGCGCUUCUAUGCUGAGCAGGGCGACGUGCAGAUGGCCGUGUCUGUGCUCAUCGUGCUGGGCGAGCGUGUGCGCAAGGACAUUGACGAGCAGACGCAGGAGCACUGGUACAUGUCCUACAUCGACCUGCUGCAGCGCUUCUGCCUCUGGAACGUGUCCAAUGAGGUGGUGAAGCUCAGCACCAGCCGGGCGGUCAGCUGCCUCAACCAGGCCUCCACCACCCUGCAUGUCAACUGCAGCCACUGCAAGCGGCCCAUGAGCAGCCGGGGCUGGGUGUGCGACAGGUGCCACCGCUGUGCCAGCAUGUGCGCUGUCUGCCACCACGUGGUCAAGGGGCUGUUCGUGUGGUGCCAGGGCUGCAGCCACGGCGGCCACCUGCAGCACAUCAUGAAGUGGCUGGAGGGGAGCUCGCACUGCCCGGCGGGCUGCGGUCACCUAUGCGAGUACUCCUGACCCUAAUAAAGCUGUCCCAACCCGC